CAUUUUUCACUGCACUGUACGCUGCAAACGGAUACGCACAGACUGCGUUAAACAAGCUAGUGACGUAUCAGACAAAGACCGCAGGAAAUUUUGACCUAGAGCCACAGCGCAGGAAGUAGUGACGCGCUACGCAGAGAAGCCGGAGCCGAGGGGAAUGGUGUUUUGUUUCUUUUCUCUUAUAGUUUAAUCCCGGGGCUUUCUUCUUUAUUAUUUUAUAUUUCGUAUUUUCUUCCUUUCUUUGUUUCCAUUCUGUCCCGCGGAAGAUUUAGUUCUGCUAGUUUCACAACCGGAGUCGUUCUUCGGGGUUUUUUUUUUUAAUUUUUGUAAUUAACUUGGCUCCCCUGUCUGGUGUGGUUGGUGAUUUAUUUUUGCAAAGCAGCGGUGGCAGAAGAAGCGAAUUGAAAAGGACCACCGCUUGCCUCUGUGUGAAUGAAAACACUUGAUUUUGAGAGUUUGCCUGGAAGGGAGAGAAUGCCUGAGGAGUGAUCUUUUCAUCACAGCGGCUUCACCAGGCUUUUCAAAAUAUGGAAUGCAAUUUAACCGUCGCUCUGCAAAGGAGUCUGUUGUAGCCAGUUCCUGGAAUCUUACGUGAGAUUUGAUUCAUUGCAUCAGAGUUUCGCGCUCCAGCUUUGGCAUCCUUUCCAAGUACCUUCCUUUUUUUCCUUCCUUCCUCCUUCCUUCUCCCCUGAGUGUGGAAGAUGUCCAGCAACAACAGCACCCAAGAAACCCUGGACAUCAUGAAGGAGUCUGAGAAGAUGCUGGUGGAGGAGUUGGUCAACAAGAACAAGCUCCUCAGCCACUCUCCCAGCAAGGAGGGGAUGGAGAAGGAGGUUGACGAGGCCAAUGCACAGCUAGACCCACAGCGGCGAACCCAAAACCAUGGACACAGCAGGAAAAGAGCCAAGUCUAAUGCAAAGUUAAAGCUGGUGCGAAGCCUUGCAGUGUGUGAAGAGUCUUCCAGCCCCUUCACUGGGGACGGGCCUCAGGAAACACAGGACAUUAUUCAAUUACACAUCAGCUGUCCGUCUGAUAAAGAGGAAGAGAAAUCAUCCAAAGAAGAGUCGGAGAAGGAGGAAAAAGAUAAGAAUAAAGAGAAGGGUCCCAAGAAAAUGCUGUCGCGAGACUCCAGCCAGGAGUAUACAGAUUCAACAGGAAUAGAUGUGCACGAGUUCCUGGUGAAUACGUUGAAGAACAAUCCAAGGGAUAGAAUGAUGCUGCUAAAACUGGAACAGGAUAUUCUAGAAUUUAUCAAUGAUAACAAUAAUCAGUACAAGAAGUUUCCUCAGAUGACCUCCUAUCACCGCAUGCUGUUGCACCGGGUUGCUGCUUACUUCGGCAUGGAUCACAAUGUCGACCAAACUGGAAAAGCCGUCAUUAUCAACAAGACCGGCAACACCCGCAUCCCCGAGCAGAGGUUUUCUGAGCAUAUCAAAGAUGAGAGGAACAUGGAUUUCCAAAAGAAAUUUAUUCUGAAGAGAGAUGACGCCAGUAUUGAUAAGGAUGAUAACCAGAUCAGAGUCCCGCUACAGGAUGGCAGGAGAAGUAAAUCGAUAGAAGAGAGAGAAGAGGAGUACCAGAGAGUUAGAGACCGCAUAUUCGCUCGGGAAGUUUUCUUUUCUUUUCAGUCCUCGCAAAAUGGAUACAUCAACGACAGCAGACUCUCCAAAGAAGGCUUUUCUUCUGCUUCUCAAAAAAGGAGGCAGAUUUUUAGGGGGAACAGGGAGAGCUCUAGCCGGGCCUCCAGCAGCCGGCAGAGCAGCAUAGACGGCGAGCUCAAGUGCCUGGAUCCGCGGCCCUGGAGCAGCACGGACUCGGACAGCUCCAGCCGCACCUUGCGGCCCCCCGUCACCAAGGCCAGCAGCUUCAGCGGCAUCUCCAUCCUCACCCGUGGAGACAGCAUCGGCAGCGGCAAGGGGGAGCCGACCGGCUGCAGGUUCUCCCGGACAGGUCUCCCAAUGGGCACCCUGGAUCUGUGUAGUCAACCACAAGCUCCCCAAACCGGGAGAAGCCUCUUGCCGUGCCCCUCUCAACAAGCACAAGGGCAGACGCAUCAGCAGACUGGCCUCCUGCCCACUCCACAGCAACCUCCCCUCGGCAAUCACAUGAUGGGCCAGCCUGUCCCAGCUCCACAGACUAUGCAGUACUCAAGCUCCUGUCCCCAGGUCCUCCUUCCAGUCUCUCCUCCCCAGCAGUACACCAUGGCCGAUGACAUGGGCCCACAGUUUAGGCAGAUGAGCCUGAGCCGGCAGGGCUCCAGUGAAGCAGAGCCCCCUCCUGCCCUGUACCAGACUCCCACUGUCUUGUCCCAGCACCCGCCACAGCCUGGCUACAUCAUGGCCUCCACGGGACAGCCCAUCCCGGGCUCGGGGUACCAGCCUGGCUCCACACAUCCCCACCCUCCUCCACCCCCGCCUCCCCCCUCGCAGCCUGUCCUGCAGCCCCCACCACCACAGGGCUACAUGCAACCACCUCCCCCCCAGCAGAUCCAGGUGUCCUACUACCCUCCUGGGCAGUAUCCAGGCUCCAGUCAGCAGUACCGGCCCCUCUCCCACCAGGUCUCCUACACCUCCCAGAGACCCCAACAGAUGCCCCAUCCAGCACAGCAGUCAGGUCUCCAACCGAUGAUGCCAAACCAGCAACAAGCCUACCAGGGUAUGAUGGGAGUUCAACAGCCGCAGAAUCCUGGCCUCAUGAACAACCAGCGGGGCAACAUGGGCAACCAGAUGCAGGGCAUGAUGGUCCAGUAUCCUACACUUCCUUCCUAUCAGCAGGUACCCAUGGGUAACGAUUCUCAGCAGGUGGUGCAACAGACAUACCAACAGCCAGUGAUGGUGCCGGCGAACCAGUCUGUGCAGGGUGGGCUGCCAGGAGGGGCCAUGCCAGUCUAUUAUAGCGUGAUCCCACCAGCACAGCAGAACAGCACAAGCCCCUCUCUAGGGUUCCUGCAGCCCCAAGUGUCCGAGCAGUACCAGAUGCCCCAGUCUCCCUCCCCCUGCAACCCUCCUCAGAUCCAGCAGCAAUAUUCAGGUGUGGCCCCUCCAGGCCCCGGAGUGGUAGUGAUGCAGCUGAGCGUUCCCAACGGCCCCCAGCCCCCCCAGAACCCACCCAUGGUCCAGUGGAACCAGUGCAAAUACUACAGCAUGGAUCAGAGGGGGCAGAAACCAGGCGAGCUCUACAAGCCUGACAACGGGCCCCAGGCCAAUAACCAGAUGAGCCCCCUAGCCUCUCCCACCCAGUCUCCCACCCCCUUGCCCUCAAACAACGUCAACACAGUGUGUCCUGGCCUGGGUCACCUGCCUUUAAUCGCACAGUUUCCCAGACCUGUGGGGCCCGCACAAGGUGAUCACAGCCGUUACUCCUUGUUGGGUCAGCCUUUGCAAUACAGCCUCUGUCCACCUCCACUGAUCCACAGCCAGUCUUCAUACGCCGCACACCAGGGACAAACUGGAAUGAAGCAUGGUCGAGGGAAGCGUCCAACACUGAAAUCUGCAUCAACAGAUCUGGGAACCACAGAUGUAGUGGUCAGCCGGAUCCUGGAAGUGACGGAUCUCCCUGACGGAAUCACUCGUACAGAGGCUGAGAAACUCUUCAACCAGCUGGCCAUGUCUGGAGCCAAGAUCCAGUGGCUGAAGGACAUGCAGGGUCGGGGGGACUGUGGUGGGGGAGGAGGCGGGGGUCCCCCGGGCAAGGGGGGCAACGACCCCGCCAACCUCUACACUGUAGUGGCCGUUUUCCCAAGCACGAUGGCCGCACAGAGCGCCUCCUUCAAACUCAACAACUCCACUAGCCGCUUCAAGCUGCGGGCAACCAAAAAGAACUAUGACCUGCGCAUCCUGGAGCGAGCUAGCUCGCAGUAAGGGGGGGCGGGGGGGGGGGGGGGGCGCCUUUGUCAGAAGAGCACACAAAAAGACACGUGUGGUGUGCUGAAGAAGAAAUUCACACGCACGUGCACAAACACACUGGACAGUCUCUCUCACUACCGUUUCCCUCCUCUCUCACACUCUCUCUCUCUCUCCUCUCUCUCUUUCUCUCUCUCCCUCUCCUGACUUAACUGAUCCUUCCCUGUUCGUCAUGCACAACCCUAUCUUUCUCUCCUACCUUCCUACCGUUAAUUCCUGAUUCUUUUUUUUUUUUUUUUUGGCUGCCUCCGUUGGCUUUUGUUUGCCUUACUACUGCUGUGGCUUCCUGUACUGCUUUGUUUGUUACUUGUUGUUUUUUUUUUAAACUUUUUAAAUUUUUUUUUUUGGGAGGUUAUAUACAUAUUUAUAUACAGUAAGUGAUUUAGAUUUAAAAAAUAUUCAGUGAUUUCAAUGGAAGAAUUUACCACCUUACCUGCUUUGUCCCUCUCUUUCUCUCCCUUUCUUUCUUUCUUUCAAUAUCCCGGACUCCACCCCAUUUCCUUCCACCCCCCCAUCCUUUUUUAUUCUUGUGUUUACGUUUUUUCUGUUGACAGCUGUGCAGAACGUAUCAGAAGAAGUAUUUAAAAAGUGCACAAUGAUUGCGUAUGUCUACUGUAUAUUUUAUUUAAUCUGUUAUUUUGUUUUUAAAAAUAUAAAACAGAAAAAAAUUGUCUGCCA